GGACACGACGUUGUCAUACGACUAAACGACGCUCCAAUUUAUCCUUACGAGAAAUACGUUGGGAGACGUAUGCCUGACGUUGCAAUUAUUAAUUUAGCCGUCUCACGUAAAGGAAAGUGUCUCCAAAACGUAAAGCCUAAAACACUUUUGGUUCAGUGUCAUCAUCCAGGUGGAAUUAGCACAAUUGGGCGAUUCUGUGCAACACAUGGCCCCGUCUAUGCAUUUUCUCGGCAUCUUGUUAUCACUGCUAAGUCUAUUUUGUCAAAGGACAGAUUAAAACAUGGUCUCAAAGUAAGACGGAAUCCAACAGCGGGAAUGUAUGCCGUCAUCUUUUCCUUACAUUUGUGCAAGGAGAUUGAUAUUUACGGGUUUGGUGCCGGAAAGGGAGAGUUGUAUGCAUACUACAGAGAUCUUCUCACGCCCAGUACACACCAUUAUUUUGACUUGGAGGAAGACUUUCUCAAAGAUAUUUCACACAAUCUGACAACACCUGUUGACGUGUUGUGGAUGGGAUGAAACAAAGUGUCAUUCCAUCCUUGAUCAUAGUUAUCAUUUACAAAACAAUUGUGUUAGGGAAUUCUCAGUAUGACAGAGACAUGAUUUAAGGGCGAAUGCAAUUUUACCUUAAGAUCCUAACUUGUGCGUGUGUUAAAUUUGAUCUAGUCUUGAGGCUUUGUAAAAUUGUUCAAAUUUAAUUUGUUGUAAUGUUCGUUA